AUGACGCUACUACGCCUGUUCGAGUCUGUGCGGCAGCAGCAGCAGCAGCAGGAAGAGGAGCUGGUGUCGGCGGCCGAGGAGAUGGCGCCGGCGCGUAUGCGUCGCUCCACCUCGUGGCUGACCUCGAACACGACGACGCGCUCUGUCCUGCCGCCGGGCUACGAUAUGCUGGAGAAGCCCAGCUCGCCGAUCCCAGGUCAGCCCCUUAAAGUUUCGCUGAGCCUGAAGGUGCGAGACAUUCAAGACAUCAACGAAGAACACAUGGAGCUGGCUACGGAGAUGUUUUUGAGGUUUUACUGGACCGACAACCGGCUGGUUCCACCUGAGACGCUGCAGCCGGGCCAGUGGUUCAAUCUGCACCCGGCCAUAUUCGACAAGAUGUGGAAGCCAAUUACUUUCGUAGAUCAUAUGAAGGGGCUUCGAAUAUACAAGCUUAUUUCGCCAGCCAGCAGCCUUCGAAUGCAGUCCGAUGGGUUCAUCCGAUAUUCUGUGCUCCUCACAGUGACGAUAGUCUGCAAGAUGAGCUUCCGUGACUACCCGUUCGACUCUCAGCACUGUGUCGUCCACCUGGAGGACUACUCGUACCGGACCGAGGAGGUGGUGUACGAAUGGGAGACGCCAGGCAUUGAGGUCAGCCCCGACCUGACCCACGACCACUACGACAUCAAGGUGGAGGUGCUGGACACGCAAAACUACAGCCACCACACGAACGUGAAUCGAAAGGUCAGCCCUUUGAGACCCGAAGCCUCCGCAGAGCUGGCUACGGAGAUGUUUUUGAGGUUUUACUGGACCGACAACCGGCUGGUUCCACCUGAGACGCUGCAGCCGGGCCAGUGGUUCAAUCUGCACCCGGCCAUAUUCGACAAGAUGUGGAAGCCAAUUACUUUCGUAGAUCAUAUGAAGGGGCUUCGAAUAUACAAGCUUAUUUCGCCAGCCAGCAGCCUUCGAAUGCAGUCCGAUGGGUUCAUCCGAUAUUCUGUGCUCCUCACAGUGACGAUAGUCUGCAAGAUGAGCUUCCGUGACUACCCGUUCGACUCUCAGCACUGCGUCGUCCACCUGGAGGACUACUCGUACCGGACCGAGGAGGUGGUGUACGAAUGGGAGACGCCAGGCAUUGAGGUCAGCCCCGACCUGACCCACGACCACUACGACAUCAAGGUGGAGGUGCUGGACACGCAAAACUACAGCCACCACACGAUGAGCUUCCCGGCGCUGGAGUUCCACGUGAACCUGCAGCGUCGGCUGAGUUUUCACCUGCUGCAGACCUUCAUCCCGUCGGCGCUGUUCGUGUGGGUGGGCUGGCUGAGCUUCCUGGUGCCGCCCGAGGUGGUGCCCGGCCGCAUGGUGCUCACCAUCACCACCCUGCUCACGCUCACGGCCAUGUUCAACGCCGUCAGGGCGGAAAGUCCAAAAGCCAGCUACGCCAAAGCUGUAGACAUCUGGAUGGCGGGCUGUGUGCUCUUCGUUUUCUUCGCUCUGUCCGAGUACGUCAUUCGUCAUCAGGAUGAAGGCCGUGGCGGAGCGGAACAAGAAGAGGCGCGAGCGAGAGCUGUCGGCGUCCAACGUGGUCAGACCGAUUCGGGUCAACGGCGGCAAAGUGGCGCCCAACGACACCGCCGACGCCGGCUCCAGG